GAAUUCGAUGAUGACAAAGCCUCGGGCAAGCUGGACAUUGCUCUCGGCAAGGUGCCCAUCCUGGAGGUCGGGGACUUCUCACUCCCCCAGAGCAAGGCCAUCGAACGAUAUCUGGCUAGAAAGCUCGGGAUGAUGGGCGACAGCGAAGAGGAGGAGGCGCUUGUUGAUGCAAUGGCAGAGCAUGUACGGGACAUCAACGAUGCUCCUUGGCCUACCUGA